GUAGGGGUGCGCGUUCAUAUCCUGAGAACAGAGAGCUCGAGUGGAUCAGAAUUAGGCUGUGACCAUACGACGCUGGCAGAUUUCUAUUAAUCACAACCAGUCAAGUCGAUUUAGCUGGCAAAGAAGAGUCCUACCAAAAAGGAACCGAAGAGAGAAAUGGAGUGUUUGAUUUUCGCCUUGAUUCUGUUCACGACGGCCUUUGCACCUGCUGCGUCCAUCGAGAAGUUGAUUGCCUCGCAGAACCCGGCACCCGUUGGAAGCAAUGUCACACUUUUCAGCCCGCCCAAUGUCAAGGCAUUAGUGUGGAUGUUUGAAAGUGAUGUCAUUGCACUGAUGUUAAACGGAGGUGCAAUCAUAAGUGACAAUUGGAUUCCCAGGGUUACAUUACAUUCAAACUCUUCAUUGACUUUAAAUUCAGUGAAGCAGAACGAUUCUGGAUCUUACUCUUUAGCGGUGUUGAAUUCUUCUCCCGUUAAGUUAACACUGUCAGUCCAAGUGCCUAUUUCAAAUGUGACUAUGUGGGCAAACGCAACAGACCUGGUGGAGUUCAAUGACACCGCAGUUCUCAAAUGCUCUGCGCUCAUCGGCUCGCACCUGUCCUACACUUGGCUGAAGGGCGGCUCAGUGGUCACAAAGGGCCAGCUCAGCGACGGAGGUGCCACCCUCACCAUAGUCGGGGUGACCCGCUAUGAUAACGGGUGGUAUAGCUGCAAUGUGUCUAAUGGUGUGAGCCACGAAUGCAGUCUCCCUCUGUAUCUGAACAUCAGCUAUGGUCCAAGCAACACGUCGAUGGUGAUCGUGCCCAUGGGGUCCCACUACGAAGUGGGGUCUGACAUCACGAUGACGUGCUCAGCGGACUCCAGCCCUGCAGCAAUAGUCCAGUGGAUGGUUGAUGGGAUGUACCUAAAUCAUUCUGGCCCACAGCUUCAACUGAAGAUGGUUACAGAGAGUCACUCAGGAAAUUACAAAUGCGUAGUUCGCAACACAGUAACGUCCAGGUUCAGCAGCCAAAGUGCACUUAUCAGGAUUUUGGAUCCACGAAAUUAUGUUCGAGUAGAGGCACCGAUGACUCCGGCAAAAGAGGGUGAUAAUUAUGUGCUGACAUGCAAUGUGACUGAGCCUGCUAUGCAUGUUCACUGGUGGAAAAAUGGAGAGCCACUGCACGAAGACAGCACAACUGUUUUCAACCUGGAAAACAUGACCGUCACUUUCCACCCACUUGAGCGCAAUCAUACUGGAGACUACCGGUGUACGGCUACUGCCAGUCUUUGGAACCUGACCAGCCACCCGCACAACCUCGUUGUGAACUAUGGACCAGAAACACCUGCGGUUGAGGGGCCAGAUUUUGCUGAGGCCGGACAAAGUGCGACUUUCCACUGUUCGGCCAUGUCGAUGCCGCCCAGUCAGUUCAGCUGGUGGUUCAACGGCUCCAAUGUGGGCAACUCUUCAGUGUUUACAACUGACAUUUUGUCUACAAAUAUGAGUGGAAAAAUCACCUGCAAGGCUUAUAAUCUGGUGACAGGAAAGAAUGUCACAAAGUCCAAGAUGCUCACAGUGAUUGAAAAAGUGUCAGUGAUGAUCAGAAACAACACAGUUCCAAUUAACUAUAAAAACUUUACUCUGAUCUGUGACGCCACCAUUCCCUAUAAUAUGAUCUACUGGAUGAAGGACAACGUGCCCCUCAACAUGAUGCACUACGCUGUUGACCCUCACAUGUCCUACCACAUUGAAAACAACAAGCUGCAUUUCACUCCACUGACCCGGGGCGAUAACGGCACAUAUCACUGCCUGGCUGAUAACUACGCAAGCUCCGGAUAUGAGCUCCUGGUGAACUAUGGACCUCUGAGUGUGAAAAUAUUAGAUUCAACAAAACCUGGUCCCAUCGUUUCCCUGACAUGCUCUGCUGAUUCUCAGCCAGAUUGUGACUUCCAAUGGUUCUUUAAUGGUCAGCAAUCAAUGGCUGUACACACGGGCCCCAUCUACACUUUCCUCAGGAACAACGAGAGCCAGGGAAACUACACCUGUAAGGCAAAGAACCCUGUGACCAAUAUCACAAUGUACCAGACCACAGCCCUUUCUGUCGCUGCUUUCAGCUUUCCAUCCCAAGCUGUUGUGACACUGACGGGUCUGUUUGCUUUUUCCGUCCCUGUGCUGUUCCACUGAGUUCUCUGGGAAACGCAGUGCGAUACAGAGGCCUCUUCCUCCCGCUGGUCUCAGCAGUCUUCAUCACUGCCGUUAACUAUGUGCACUUUGCUGCUGUGAUCCUGUAAAUUUCCCUGCUGCAGGACGCCGCAGGACAAAUAAAGAAUUAUCUUCUUUUAGCUUAUCUUAUUGGGAAAUGAAAAUGAUUGUACUUAAUUUGAUGCCACUUUAUCAGUUAUUGUGGAUUAGUGAUGAAAAGACAAAUACGAAAAUGAAAUAGUGACAGAAUUUCAGUUUUUUCUUAGAUUCUUUUCCUUUUAUCAGAUUUAUUUUCAAUAACGUAGCAUUGUACGGCCUGGUUUAGGUUUUUGAAAUUAAAUCGUCAUUAGUCAUGUGUAAUGAUAUUAAAACUGUAAGUUAAUUUAAGUAUUAUCAAGCCUUUUGUCAUUUAUUUCUUAAUCAAUAAAUAAUCAACAGAAA